AUGGUUUCAACACGCGCAAGAUCCCUUGGGAACCAACCCGAAUCCUCUACCACCUCCGACGACCACAAUGCCCGAUUGCAACAGUUAAACGAUCAAAUCCGUGAACGAGAGCAACAGUUAGCUAUUCUGCACGCGCAACAACGCCUCAACGAGUUGGAAGCACAGAUUCGCGAAGAUACUUUUAUCGAGUCCCGACCAACCCCGGAUAUCGCCGCAGAACCGCCGCAAAAUCGACCCGUAGAUGAUAUGGAUGAUGAUAACGAAACACCGCCGAGAUUGGAGAUUAAGGAUUACUAUCGAGGAAAGAAUAUGUUAGAAUUUAAGGACUAUAAAGAUCGCAUGUUGACUCUCUUUGCACGCCACCGUCGAUAUUAUCGAAAAGAAGAACGCAAGAUAAACGACGCCAAACUCUACCUUGAUGCCCACGUUAAGCAGAAGUGGUUGAAUUUUGUAUCAGCAUACGAGAGACGCGGAGGAGCAACACCGUUAACAUUCGACGAUAUGCUAUCACACCUAGAGAUGCAAAUUAACGACCCGCAGAAUCAGCGUCGAUUGGCGAGCCAAAGAUUCCAAGAUGCUAAGCAACAGGAGUGGCAAUCGAUACGCGACUUUUCUAAAUAUCUCGAAGAUUGGGAGCAUUACUUACCCCCAUACAGCGAGGAACAGAGAAUGGAUAACCUGCGUAGUAAGGCAUUGAAGGUGCUACGCACCGAACUCGACCGUCGAAAUCAAGAACCCCAGAACUACGAAGAGUUGCUUCGAACUCUACAGACUCUCGAGGAAAAUAUGCCGGAGCGACGACGCGCCAUUCGCAAAGGCAGACCUGCGAUAUUCGUAGGGAAUCAGCGUCGUUCUGAUAAAUCUAGCAACCGCCGGAAUAAAAGGAAACGAGAGGAACAAACGAGUUUAACUGAACAAACCAAGAAAGAUAAAUAUAAUUGGAUGAAGGAGUGCUCACACUGCCAUAAGAAGGGGCAUGUCGCAAACGAUUGUUGGAUGUUAUACCCCGAAAAGCGCAACCAAGUCCGACAAGCAAAAAACUAG